AUUAAAUUUAUAUCACGUCACGUCACAUCGUAAGCGAUAUGGAUAUUUCGAAUCCUCGUCGGAUAUUAGCCGUGUCAUUGGCAGAUUCGACACAACAUCUUACUAGGGUGAUUAAAGAUCUCACCGGGACUCAUCCAGAGCAAACGUCAACAACCUUAGCUGGUUCAUCACACAACCUUCCCUUAAAAACAGCAUACUACACAGCAGAGGUCCCUAUAUGGUUAGACCUCAUCUCAUCACCAUCAGAAUGGGCCGACUCGUUUCUAUCACCCGAAGCCAAGGAGGUACUCGAAGUGCUAGGUGGCCUCGUCAUAGUCUUUGCUCUCCCUAUUGAGUCACAGUCAGAUGAAGGCAAGGCCGCACGCGAACUCAUCCAAAGCGUCGGCAAGGUUGUCAAGGAGGGACUUGGCGGCUGGUCCUGGGACGGAGUAAGCCUAUGUCUAGGUGUGGGAGAAAUCGACGAUGUCAACGAAUGGGAGGACUGCUGUGCAGAUUUGGGGCUAGAGUUCGUUCAGGUAAGGAGUAAGACUAUAAAAGAACGCAACGAAUUCGGUGAGAAAACUGGAAUCCCACGGGCACUGGAAGCACUGGAAUCAAACGACUGGUCACAGGUGUCAGAAGAUCUCGAGUCGGAUUUAAAAGAAUUCGAAAACGAACUACGUAUCGAGAAAGACGUCAAAGAUAAUGGCAAGGACAAGGAUGGUCCUGAUCUCGAUCCAGAAAGCCUCGACUUCGGUUUUGACCGCGAAGACUUCGAAGAGUUGAGACAAGCGAUAUGGAAUUCCGGGCAGGACAACGAUGAGCCAAGCGCGGGAAAUAACCCUGAUGGAGGGGAGGAUCUAAAUGAUAAUGAGAUCCGAAAGAUGGAGCUCAUGAUGAUGAAGCUUCAGGCAGUGCGUGACACGAGUGCUGGUUUACCGGAAGAGCAACGGAAGAAGGUAGCUGCAAAAGCGGUGGCUGAGGUGAUGAAAGAACUUUGAACGGCACCAGGUC